AUGACAUCAAGCACGAGCACCAUUCUUCUCUACUUCCUCGCGAUAUGGAUCCCCUUCCUACCCGUCGCUAUGAAACGCGGUUGCGCCGCUGAUCUCUUCAUCAACAUUGCACUGUGUAUCCUGGGUUGGAUUCCCGGUGUCAUUCACGCUUGGUACAUUAUCAGCAAAACGGAGAAGCAUCCUGAUUCUCUAGGAGGACCUAGCGGGCAGAGAUACUAA